AUGUCUGCCGUUGUAUCACCAAUGGUCCCCCUACCUUUUAAUGAGAACGUCGCACCUGAAUGCAGGCGGAAUCUACUUCCGAGCUUUGCAGCGGCUUCCCCUCGGCCACGUGCCGCAGUCACCCCAUUCGUCCGGUCUUCUAGUCCGGCUCUCUCGAAUUCCUCUACCACCUGUUCUUCCACUACUCCAUCUAGGCCUUCAAGCCUUACGGAUCUUCCAAUGCUUCUGGCAAAGGAGGAGGUGGUGAAGUUCGAGAAUCCAGAAUUCGAUGAGGAUGAAACGCCAACUAUACUUCCAUGUAACUCAGUUGACACUCCAUCCACAUCCACUCAUAACCCAUCCUCCUCUUCUAUUCUCGCUAAACUACCAUUCCACUCUCUACUAAGAACACCUCUGAAAACUCCACUGAAAAAGUUGCCCCUGAAAACGGCGCUAGUCAUCCGACCCCAAUUCGUUGCCAAGGAGAAUACAGUUCAGUUGGAGAGAUUCAGACGGUCAAAGACCCGCCGAUUCUUUCAUCCGUAUGCACAAGAAAUCGGUGCAAUCCAAGCACUCAAAGAAGUGGCCUCCUCACCCGACGAGGUCGCCGCCAAGAACGCAUCAGAAGCCCUUACAGUAAUCGGAGAAGAGGUGCCCUACAAGUUGGCUCAACAAGUACCCGGUUGGACGUGCGCCGAUGUGCAGUACUGGGUGAAGAAGAUCGGCUUCGAGGAAUACGUUGAGAAGUUCGCCAAGCAGAUGGUCGACGGAGAUCUGCUGCUCCAGUUGACUGAGAACGAUUUGAAACACGACGUUGGAAUGGUUUCUGGAUUGCAUCGAAAGAGAUUCUUGAGGGAACUCCAGACGUUGAAAGUGGCUGCUGAUUACUCAUCUGUCGACGAGUCAAAUCUCGAUAACUUCUUGAUGGGUCUAAGUCCCGAACUGUCUGUCUACACAUACCAAAUGCUUACAAAUGGAGUCAAUAGAUCACUUCUCUCAUCGCUGACCGAUGAAAUGAUGCAAAACGCGUGUGGAAUCACGAACCCGAUCCAUCGGCUGAAGUUGACUCAAGCAUUCGAGACCGCUAAGCAUCCAGAUGACGUUGAAGUCGCCAUGCUCUCAAAACAGAUUGAUGUCUUCAUCUCGUACAGAAGAAGUAAUGGAAACCAACUGGCCAGUCUCAUCAAAGUGCUCCUUCAACUUCGUGGAUACCGAGUAUUCAUCGACGUGGAUAAGUUGUACGCUGGAAAGUUCGAUAGCUCACUUCUCAAGAAUAUCCAAGCGGCGAAACACUUCAUUCUGGUGCUCACCCCGAACAGUUUGGACCGUCUUUUGAAUGACGAUAACUGCGAGGAUUGGGUGCAUAAGGAGUUGAAAUGCGCAUUUGAACAUCAGAAGAACAUCAUUCCAAUCUUCGAUCAAGCAUUCGAAUUCCCAUCGAAAGAAGAUCAAAUUCCGAAUGAUAUUCGAAUGAUCACAAAGUACAAUGGUGUCAAAUGGGUGCACGAUUAUCAGGAUGCUUGUAUGCAGAAGGUCGUUAGAUUCAUCUCAGGAGAGCUUAAUAGAACCACACCGACUACUAAAGAAAUGCCAGCACUCUCCCGUAAAAUCACUCAACAACAAAGAUGGCAAGCGACGAACGUCAUCCGUACCGGCACCUCGUCCAGAAGCAUCAAUAGCCGAAUGGAGCCACCUACACCGACUUUCACACCCAACGGCUCACAAGAACGUGCUCAAUCCACGAGGAGGAAAAUCCAAUCGUCCGUGUCGACAGUCUCCGAUCAUGUCAGAAAUAACAAUUGA